GCUUCUGCGAAAUCUCUCAAAUUCACCGUUAAUCGCAAUGCCUGAGAGAACCGUCCUCGUCACUGGCGCUACUGGCCUCUUGGGUCGCGAAGUCUCGGCUUCGUUUGGGCUGCGGGGCUGGAAUGUCAAGGGAACAGGCUAUUCUCGCGCCGAUGGAAUCAGCACCCUCAAGGUUGAUCUCAGCAAUGAAUCUGAAGUAGCAAGCCUUCUCGAAGAGACCAAACCGCAGGUCAUCGUUCACUGCGCUGCUCAGCGAUUCCCAGACAAGGUUGACAAAGACCCAGAGGCUGCAAGAGCCCUCAAUGUGGCGGCGAGCAAGUCCCUCUCUCAGCUGGCAGUUGACAGAGACAUCUUUGUCAUUUACAUCUCAACCGACUACGUCUUCCCUGGCGUGCCAGGCGAUGCCCCGUAUGAAGCCGACGCCGAGCCGCGGCCGACCAACCUCUACGGCCAGACCAAGCUGGAUGGCGAGCGUGCCGUGCUGGAGACGUUCGCAAAGGCUGGCAAGGAGGGCUUGGGGGUCGUGCUCCGAGUCCCCGUCUUGUACGGCAAUGCUGAAACGCCAGCCGAGAGUGCCGUCAACGUCCUGAUGGAUGCUUUGUGGAAGGCUCAGACACAGGGGAUUGAGGUCAAUAUGGAUCAUUGGGCCAUCCGGUAUCCCACCAAUACCGAAGACAUUGGACGGGUCUGCCACGACAUCUCGGUCAAGUACCUCGACACCGCACCUGGUGAUAGAGCUGGCCUCCCCCAUAUCCUCCAGUUCUCGAGCGAAGACCGCAUGACCAAGUACGAGAUCGUCCAGCUGUUCGGAGAUAUUAUGGACCUGUCGACGGAGGGCAUCAAGCCCAACACCGAGGGGAAUGAUCCAAAUGCCAGUGUCCAGCGCCCGUAUGACUGUCACUUGAGCACAAAGGCGCUGAGGGACUUGGGGAUCGAUGUUUCGGCGUGCGACUUCAAGGGCUGGUGGCGGCGCGAGGUUCGCGCGUUUCGCAAGUAAGGGUGCAUGCCGUUGAAGCCGAUUGGGGCAUGCUUGGCGGGCUGAUGUCUUGGAACUGGUGUUUGAGGUACGUGCUUUCCUCGAGCUUGAGUCGCGCUGGAGAAAAGGGAGUCUUGUCUCGCAUUGGCACCCGCACCAUACCUCGUGGCAUGUAUAAGAGCGAAUCUCGAACUUGCGUCUCGGGGUCUCGUUUUAUUAGGAAGAGGCCAUUGAAGGCAGCAGCUGGGUCAAUGAAACUGGCCAUGUAGUAGUCUCUG